AUGAAUGAAAAAUCAAGCAAUCCACAAGAAAGCUGUUUAGAACAUAUUUGCAUGCCUAAAGCCCAGCAGCCAUUCAUAUUGAAAAGUAUUCGAGACAGAAUAGUGUGUAACGAAAGAGAAAAGAUGCUUCUGUUCGAAACCGGAUUCAUAGAAACAAUCUCUUUUUAUAAUGUGUCUGAAUGUGAAUGCUUAUAUCUAGAAAUUCUAUCUUUACUUGCAACAUCCAGAAAUACAGAAAUCAAGCAGGAUGUUAGAGGAUGUAUUGAUCGUAUAUUCUAUCUAGUAAGUUCAUUAACUGCGCCAUUUAAUGAAUUGCAUGCAUCAAUCUUCAGGUCAUUCAGAGUGGUGCUUUCUGAAACAGGCGCUGAUCUUUUGCAUGACAAAUAUUUUGACUUUUUUCUAUCUGUUAUUGAGAAUGCGAAUCCUUCAUACAGCAACACAAUCAGAAACGAAGUAAUUGAAUUAUUUUGCAGAGUUGUAGAUGUUGAUUGCAGAAUUAAAAAAAGAUUAAGCAUAGAGAAAACGAUUAGAACACUAUGCAGUCCAGAGAUCAACUCUAUUAAACUGCUUAACAAACUAAUAAACGAAUCCACAUGGCAAUAUGUAAAGAUAGAGCACUUACUUGGUAGAAUAAACGAGUUGAACUCGAGAGAUAAGCUUGAUGGCCUUUCAUGCUGUGUGAAAAUUUACAACUUCAGCGGUAAAGGAGACAAUGAAAUCCUUGAAAGACUUAUGUACGAAUUGAAUACUCUUCCAUUAGACCGUAAAGAAGUUCUUAUAUUAAUUGGUCAUUUAAGUUAUGCAAAUUUGUAUGCACAGAUGCUUUUCAAAAGUAACGAGCUUGUUUCACGAUUGAUUAGCAGAGCAUGUUAUUCAAAGCCUAGUGAAAUAGACGCAGAGAUGCUUUUCUGCAUAUAUUGCUUAACAAGCGUACUAGAGGAGAAUAGAAAGGCUGUUGCAAAAAGCAGAUUGAUUUCUGCUGUAUUUGUACUUCUCAAACAAAAAACCCAGCGUAAGUCAUUUGAUUGUGCAUUCGUCAUGGCUUUAUUACUUCUUAAGAGUUUAACUAGAAGCGUAACAUUGCUAAGAUCAGAUCUGAUUGAUAGCCCUAUUGUGGAAAUACUCGUAAAUAUUCUGGAGCAUAAUCUUCCAGAAACUAUCGAUGGUGUCUCUACAAUUAUGCCUGAAAAUGAGACAUGUGUUGGUAUUAUUGAGCAGAAUGUUCUGAAGAUUCUUGCUCAUCUCGUAAUGGAAUAUGGCGAUUAUAAGUCCAGGUUUAUUGCUCUAAGUGGAGUAGAGAUUGCUUUAGCAUAUACAGAACGAUUCCCAUGUGUUAUGCUGCAUUUGUUCAAAAACUUUUUAUAUAAUGCAACUACAGCCACAAAGGAAAUAUUCAUUAAUAAGACUGAUAUAUUCUUCUUCAACACCUUCUUUCGAAUUUACGAACAAAAGAAAGACUUAAUGAUUUUGGGAAAUUGCUUCAACGUGAUCAGAAAUCUCCUGUGUGAUGAUUCUCUUGAUUACAUUGUACAUGGUUGUGAAGGUAUAAUAAGUCAAAUAUUUGUUUAUCUUGAGAAGUUUAGUGGCAUUGGCAUAAUUGAAGAAGGUACGAAUGAAGAAUGGGUUAUGUUGCAGAUAAUGUACUGCGUUGUUAAUUUAAGCGCAGGCUCAGAUAAAUUCAAGAGAUUGGUACUCAACUCUAAGCGCUUGGAUGAUAUGAAGAGAAUAUGUACAACCAGGAAUUUGUGCAUUGCGUUUGUGUGGAUAAUAAUAAACCUAUCAUGGAGAGAAGAGGGAUUUGAAGGUAGGGUUGAGGUACUGUGCGAGAAUGGAAUAAAAGAGUGGAUGCUUGGGCUUGAUGUAAAAGAUUCUGUUUUUGCAGAUAAGAUCGGAACAGCAUUGGAAAACCUAAGACUUGUGUGA